AUGGGAAACCAUACAAGAGUAACACUGUUUAUCCUAGCAGGUUUGACUGAUGAUCCACAGUUGAAAGUUGUGUUAUUUCUCUUCCUGCUUCUCAUCUACUUGCUAAGCAUCACUGGCAAUCUGACCAUCAUCACACUCACCCUGGUGGACACUCACCUUAAGACCCCCAUGUAUUUUUUCCUGAGGAAUUUUUCGUUCUUAGAAAUUUCCUACACUACUACAUGCAUCCCUAAAUUUCUGGCUACUAUGGCAACUGGGGACAAAACUAUUUCUUAUAACAGUUGUGUUGCUCAAGUGUUUUUUGCUUUCCUUCUUGGAGCAUCUGAAUUUUACCUGCUGGCAUGUAUGUCCUAUGACCGCUAUGUUGCCAUCUGUAAGCCCCUACAUUACACAAUCAUCAUGAACAGUAAAAUCUGCACACAGCUCGUCCUCAGUUGUUGGCUUGCUGGGUUCUUUACCAUCUUUGUACCUCUCCUGUUAGGUCUAGAGCUGGACUUCUGUGCCUCCAACAUUGUUGAUCAUUUCUACUGUGACACGACUCCCCUCAUGCAGAUCUCCUGCUCAGACACACAGCUCAUAGAGACAAUGGGAUUUAUUUCUGCUUCAGUGACACUCCUGGUCACGUUGGUAAUGGUGAUAAUAUCAUAUACCUACAUUGCCUUGACCAUUCUAAGAAUUCCUGCAGCUAGUCAGAGGAGAAAGGCCUUUUCAACAUGUUCUUCUCACAUGAUUGUGAUAUCCCUUUCUUAUGGCAGCUGUAUCUUCAUGUAUGUUAAACCAUCAGUUAAACAAAGAAUAUCUUUCUCCAAGGGAAUUGCAGUGCUCAAUACCUCCAUUGCCCCACUUUUGAAUCCUUUCAUCUACACUUUACGGAACCAACAAGUGAAAAAAGCCUUCAUGAAUAUGAUACAGAGGAUUGCUUCUUUCUUAAACAAAUGA